CAUCUCUGGAAGAGAGACGGUUCGCUUGAUACUUGAAACCAAGCACCAAUAAAAACAUGGCUCAAAUGGAGGAAGAGCCCUACACCUCUGAAGAAAGUUUUGCCACCAGACUUUCUUCUCUGCCGCUUAUCCAAUCUACGAAAGAAUGUUACAAUGAAUGCAAAGAGGGGAGCACUUUGUUCAACAUUGGUAGCACUAUGGUGGAAUACGGACUAGGAGCAGUGACAUGGACGACGAAGCCACUGCAGUUCGGCCUAUCUACUCUGUUCAAAUCUCAAGCAACCAGACUAGAAUGCGUGGCUUCACACUGCUUGGAUACGAUCGAAGAUAAUUAUCCAGUCACUCAGCAGCCAGUAAAAAAGAUCGGAAAACGCAUCAAACGGAGAAUGAUGGGCUACGUCAACUCGGGAACUCAAGCAAUCAUGACGUCCUCACUUGGCCAAGGGGCAAUCAACGGCCUAGACGUCCUCGUUACUGCAUCAGAGGUUGUUCUCAACAAGAUUGCACCUCGUAAGUCCCCUGACACUCAUACUUCCACCAUUGUACACAGUCCAUUAAAUGAGAAAAAUCCAACAAUUCAAGGCAGCGUCAAAGAAGACGAGAAGAAAGCAGCAGUCCCCAAGAAAACUGAGGCCUCCAUUCGUUCACCCAUCGAGAGCUUGUCAGAGCAUCAGCAGAGUGAAGACGUGCGAAGCCACUUGCUCACUUUUGCAACGUACCCUCUUCGCUGCGCGGUCGAGAUACUGAAGGCCAUUCAAGACUUCUUGCAUCAAAUGGAAUACGGCAAAGUAUGGUCGUCUACACACGUAUCGCCACAGAAACUUGCCGAAAUCCAGAGAAGGAGGAAAGUUUCCCCAAAAAAGCGACUCCCAAAACGUCCUUUCUAUCAACGACUGGCUGGUGCCGUACUUUCUGUCUUCUCGUUUGGGCAAGGGAAAAAGGAGCUUUCUAAACCCGUUCGGAUUCGCCGCCAGUUAGGCAGCGAGGAGGGAGAAGUCGACCAAAGACCCUGUUCUGCCAGUGACGACGCAGAAAGGAAACGAAAGCAUGAUGAUAUCGAAAGCGAAAGCGACUCGGAAUACUCUGAUGAUGAUGACUUUUAUGAUGAUGAUGACUAUGUUUCGGAGGAAGAUCCCGAUUAUGAGCCGUCGCGUGAAGGGAUCGCAGACGAUAGCCUGGAAUACCAGGAAGGAGAGACGGAGAGCGACGUCGAUCUUCAGGAAGAUGACAUGUCUCCAGCUGCGAGUCGAACGCGUUAUCAAAAUCGGAAAACUAAGUCCGGAUCAAGCCAAAAUGAAAAGAAAAAGGGCACAACCCCAAAGAAAGGAGAUAUCGUCAAUUCAAAAAACAGCAAACAGAAGGAACAAGCAAAGCCAGUAAAAGCUGCAGCCGAUUCAAAUACGUCGCCAAAAGUGACAUCAACUUCGAAUUCGGUAGAUUUUCCGCCGUUGUCGCACGUUACUGUGAAUGGUCAUAAGUGAAGACAAGAGUUGUAAGUCGCUGCAAAUCUCCCAGCAUCUACGUGGACUUCAAUCGGGUUGUCAUUUUUACAAUGUCACUUGACUAAUGGACAAAUAAGGUACAAGCUUUGUGAUGACCGUUUAUGUCCUGUUAUUUCGGAUUGUCGUAGCGAAUUGGAGAUAUGUCGUUGCCGGUGUUCGACAUCUUAUUUAUGUAUAAAUAUAUAUUGAUUUAAAGAGUUGUCAUUUUCAACAAACUUAUAUUUAUACAAUUUACUACACCCCAAUCAUUAUUUGCACGCAUGCAUUCAAUUCGUAUGUUCCUGAUUCUAUAUUUUUCCACCCGUGCGUUUGUUAAAUUUAAUAUCUUGAUCAGCAAAUGUAUUCGUUUCAAAAUUUAGGCUAAUAAAUGACACGAAACCGCAAA